UUAUCAGAUGCACAGUUUCUAAGAUCCCAUUCUAGAAGACACAACCUUAUCCCUCUUGUCACUGCACUUCAGGGUACAUGUGAAUGGUGUGGUGCCAGCGGUCCCAGCUUAUGGUUGUGUUUAUAUUCAGGAUGCAUGAGAGUGGGGUGCGGGGAGGCCCACCAAGACCACUCAGCUUUCCAUAACAACCAGUUUCCAUCUCAUUGCAUCACUUUAAAUCUCUCUAACUUGAGAGCUUGGUGCUACAUGUGUGAAAUGGAGGUAACAUCAUCUGUAAAGGUCAGCCUCAGCAUACCUCCAGGACAACAACAACACUUAGGUGGACCAAUAAGUGCCCCAGGGGUGACUUUGGCUCAACCCCUUACACCAGGUGAGAGCAGUGCAGAAGAGGAAGAGGAAGAUGAAGAUGAUGAAGGAGAAGAAGUAAAAGCCAGAGGUCUUGUUGGCCUUCGCAACUUAGGACUUACAUGCUACAUGAAUUCUGCUUUACAAGCAAUGAGCAACUCCAUGCCAUUAGCCCAUUUUAUGAUAGAGUGUCCAGCUUUUUUAAGAACUGAUAGGAAGACACCUGGGCUUGCUCGACCAUUCCAACGGCUCAUGCUUGAGAUGUGGCACAGAAAGAGGCCAAGUUUUGUCACUCCUUCUGUACUUUACCAUGGAUUUAAACAGAUGUACCCAAUGUUCCGAGGAUAUACUCAGCAGGAUUCUCAAGAAUUUUUGCGCUAUUUUAUGGAUCAACUGCAUGAAGAACUUAGAGAACCUGUUCAUACUUCACAUGAAGACGAAGAAAGUGAAAUGGAAGAUGAAGAAGAGCUGUCAUCAGAUUGUAUCUCGGAGCGAGAGGAGUCACAGUCAGAGGCUGAGUAUGAGACAUGUGAUUCAGGUGUUUCUGAACAGUCAUCAGAUUCUUCAGACCAUCACAGAAGCAAGAAAAAAAAACGACAGCAUGGGGUAGAUGUGGAAGCUGGAAUAAAUCAUAGAGGCAGCAACCGCAGCUUGUUACUACCAGACCAUGAAACCCCUGAAUUCUCAGAUGCUGUAUCCGACACUACUCUGUUAGAUUCUGACUCUGCUGGAGGUUUAUCAACAACCACCUCUCCCCCAGUUAUUUCCUCAUGUACUACAAGUGGUCUUGGUUCCAGCAAACCUUCCAUGUCAUCACUCACCUCAUCUUUCAGAGCCUCAACAACAUCUCCCCCACCAGGAAAGUUAUCUGCCCCUAAUGUCAACAAUACAGCACGGAGAAAAAAGCCUCCCUCUUAUCGAAGUGUUAUAUCAGAUAUAUUUGACGGGACAAUUGUUAGCUCUGUACAGUGCCUGACAUGUAAUACUAUCUCCUCCAGAAAAGAAACAUUCCAGGACCUUAGUUUGCCAAUUCCAAGCAGUGACCAGCUGAGCAUACUACAGCAUUCCUCUGUCUCACAAUUGCAGCAGCAAAGUAAUUCAAGUAGUAGUAGCAGUCUUCAUCUUGCAAAGGCAUCAUGUGAUGCUACAACAGAUGGAUGGAUGUGGUGGAUGUGGGUGUGGUUGAGAUCAUGGCUUUGGGGACCUGCUGUGUCUUUACAUCACUGUCUUGCUGCUUUCUUCAGUGCCGAUGAGCUAAAGGGAGAUAACAUGUACUCUUGCGAGAAGUGUUGUAAAUUACGCAAUGGGGUUAAAUACUCCAAGGUUAUCCAGCUGCCAGAGGUGCUGAUCAUUCAUCUGAAGAGGUUUCGUCAUGAGUAUAUGUUUAGUUCUAAGAUCAGCCAAUACGUGUCCUUUCCACUGCAUGGCUUAGACUUGAUGCCAUUCCUUCACAAAGAUUGUUCAUCUGAAGUCAAUAUUUAUGAUUUGUAUGCUGUAAUAUGCCAUCAUGGCACUGCUGGAGGAGGUCAUUACACAGCAUACUGCCAAAACUGGAGUAAUGGUCGAUGGUACGAAUUUGAUGAUCAAUAUGUGACAGAAGUAUCACCAGAAACUGUUGCUAAAUGUGAAGCAUAUGUUUUAUUUUACAAGAAAUCUAGCUCAGAAAUGACAUCACGGCGUCAAAGGACUGUUGAAUUGAUGCAGGUAGCAUCACGAGAACCUUCACUGAUGCAGUUUUAUGUGUCGAAACAGUGGGUCAAUAAAUUUAAUACAUUUGCUGAACCAGGCCCUAUUGACAAUUCAGAUUUCUUAUGUCCACAUGGAGGUGUCCAACCACAAAAGGCAAGUUAUGUGGCAGAUCUAGUGAUGCUUUUAAACCAAGGUGUAUGGGAAUACUUGCACCAAGUGUUUGGAGGUGGACCAGCAUGUACUCGUCUGUAUGAGUGUGUGACAUGUCGAGCAGAGCUUGAAGCUAUUCUUCAUAGGCAGAGCAGCGAAUUAGAUCUAUUUAUUAAACUUCAUAAAAUGUUCCAAGAUGAAGAGUACCCAAGUAUUGUUUUUGCUAUUUCUAUGAAAUGGUUUAGACAGUGGGAGAGUUUUGUGCGUGGACGAGAACAAGAGCCCCCUGGACCUAUUGAUAAUUCUUCCAUAUGUACCAGUAAGACUGGCCAACCAAUGUUAAAACAAGGGUCUGACUAUGCUCAGAUUUCAGAGGAAAUGUGGUAUUUCUUCCAUGAAAUUUAUGGAGGUGGUCCUGAGUUAUUUGUGAGGUAUGGUAAUCCUCCUGGAACUGCCAGGCGAACAGAUCGUGUUGAAGGAGUCAGGCCUGAUCCUCAGAAAUCAGAGCAGCUUCAACCUGGGGCAAGAUCCCUUAGUAAUGAUAAUUUACCAAAAAGUUGUCAGUCAGCCUCGCCUUCUGUUCAAGCAUGUGCAAAUCGCCAAAGAACAUUAUCUGCUUGUGAGGUAAGGUUAUUUUUAUAUAAGUAACUUACCUAGCAAUUA